AUGGUCAUAGAAAAGAGGAGCGAGUUCUUUGACUUGGGCAGGGUGUCCUUCCUUCCUCAGAGGAACACACUGGGUGUAUUCACUACCUCAUCCCCUGUUUCCAUUUACACACCUGCUCCACCUCUUUCAUCACAAAUUUCACCUCCCUCUCCCUCUCAAACAAUCCUCCCAUCUCAUCAGUCUCCUUCUCUCAGUACCCCACCCUUCAUCAGCAACUCUGGUGAGUCAACAGAGGAAGUCCACUGCCCCUUGACGAUGUCACCCUCCACUCUGGUGGUCAGGUAUAAAGAUCCAGUUUCAGCGAACUGCUCUGUAUCGACGAUUCAGCGAUUUUCCGCUCUUGGUUGGGAAGUCUCACUGGAACCUCCUGAUGUCACUAUGGAUCGUUUUCUGGUCUGGAGUGUGGACAGGAUGACGGAGUGGAGCAUCAAGCCUCAGUGCUAUGCACUGUCUGAACUGGGAGGGCAGUGCCACAUUGAUCUCCCUCUAACAGUCUACAAGCCUCCAGACAAUGUGUCCAUCAGCUUUGAUAAUCACACUGGGCCAGUGUUGGAGGGUCACCAGUACACUCUGCAGUGUACAGUGGAGGAAGUCGCUCCUAUUGAAAACCUCACUGUGACUUUUUAUAAAGGACAAACAACACUGGGUCAACUUCAUUCUGAAAACAUCACAGAGAAGAAACCAGUGAAUGAGACCUUCACUUUAGACAUCACCCCCAGUAAAGAAGAUGAUGGGGUCGUGUACUGGUGUGAAGCAAAGCUGGAACUGGGACCUGAAGGACCACAGCCCCCUCCAGUGGUGAAGUCACAAAGUAUCACUGCCAGUGUUCUCUUUGGUCCACAGCUGGUUUGUGCUACAAAGCUGCAGGUGAGAGAGGGAGAGAGCCUCAGCUGUGAGGUGAAAGGAAACCCCCAACCAUUGGUCACCUGGUACAAAGAUGGGCAGGUGGUUGCCCUGCCCACUCACUCAAGCAGACAACAUGCUGGCAAAUACAUAGUCUCUGCACAAGGACCACUGGGACAUACAAACUUUACAGUGGAGGUAGAGGUCCUUCCCAACAGUGGAACUACACACAGCUGUAAUAGACAUUUCCUGUUGGCCAUUUUACUUAUUCAGAUGAUCAGCUGGCUGUAAAACCUACUCAGAGAACCCAACAUGAUGCGUGUUUCUUCUUCCCAUGCUGUCUGGAUGAACGGCUCCUGCUGUGCUUUGUCAGGAGAAAAAACUUAUUUUGUCUCUCUUUUGUUUAAAUUGAUCACUUUCGCAUUAGUGUCUGAUUGUACAGUGUCAGCACUCCAAAAAACAGUGUGGUCUCACUAGCAGCAAAUAUGGCUCUCUUUUAGAGAGCUUCUGCCCAGGUACAUUUUCUUACAGUGUGUUAUUAAGCUGGUCUGUGUAAUAUGCAAAAAAAGCUAACUUUCAUAUCUUCAAGACUGAAAGCUGCUCUAGAAAUAAAUUCAUAGUCUUGUAAAUUGUAAUAAUCAACAGCGAUAUAGGUCUGUGACGGUGGUUUGCUUUCUCCCAUGCCUGUUUCUUUACAGAGGAUGUUUAUGAACUGUCUUUAACUCUUUGCCAAAAAGUGUUUCGAGGUCCAUCCUGUGUACAUGUGCUCACCUGUCUGUAAUAUGAAGAGCUACCAAAGUGUGGUGUCUACACUUUUAACAUUGCAAAGCACCGGGUCUUCUUUCACUGAGGUUAC